ACAGCGGUGAUGCCCGCUGACGCCGCCACGCCGGGUGACACCGUCACACUGGGUGAGAGCAGCGCGCGGGUGACACUUACUCUGGUGGCACCGGCGGGGUGGCAUGCUCAGGAGAGGGUGAAGGGAGCACCCACUGCUCCCGUUCCGGAGUGGCAGGGGGCAUCCCGCCUCAUCCCAAGGCUCCUGCUCCUCAUGCUGCUCCCAGAGGCGACACCAGCCGUGCCGAGCCGAGGACAUCCCCGCCACGCGUCCCCGUCACUGCAGGCCCACGGCCCGGGGACCCUGGCUGGGCUGAGCCGAACCCGCUGCCUCCAGGAGAUGCCGUGGCCACCACGGAGUCACCGAGAUGCAACUUUGUGCUGCAUCGAAGCCUCUGCCUUCCUUAUGUAACACGGCUGCUGCUGGCACGGUGCUCGCCUCCACGUCCUGCACAACUUCGGUGCAACGUGGAAUUGAUCUCCUCUCCCUGGAAUGGCUCUGCCAUUAUCAUUAGCUGAGGAGCCUUUUCUGGCAUCUCAGGCCAGGAGUGCUGGAUGUGACCCGUGUGGGUGCAGGGCUGUGGCUGGGAGGUGACAGCACCCACUGGGUGCCCUGUGCAGCCCGAGCUAUACGAUGUGUGUUGGGAGCAGUGCCGAUGUUUGGGGCCCUGCCCCAGCACUGGCACAGCCCCUGUGGGGGUGGGUUUGGUUAGGUUUGCAGUGGGGUGGCCGUGCUGGCACAGGAGGCAGCUCCUGGGCUGGUCCCGUGGAGACUGUGCCCAGAGAACCCCAGGGCUCUGCAGCCCGAGGCUCCCAGUCUCUCUGGGGUCAGGCAGGCAGUGUAUGGGCAUGGGGGCUUGGAUUUCUUGCUGCUCUGAUGGUUUCCCCCGAUCCGAGGUGUUGCCUGCAUCCCUGGGGCAGCACUGGGGCCGUGUUUGUGCUGUGCCACCCUUGCAGGGUGUGACUCUGACUGGGGACCCCGAGGCUGUCGGACCCCCUGAGCUCUGUUCCCCUUUGUGUUCCCAUCAGCUCUGACCGAGCGUGCUGUGCCUGAGCAGUUCUCUUUGUAGGGCAGGGGCCACCCUGAAUGCCCAUCACCCAGGGCUCUGCUCCCUCCCUAACAUGCUCCAGUCCUGCAGGUAGCAUGGGGGUUGUGCUGGCCCCGGGGGACAUCCCUGGCACCGACUCUGUGGUUGCACCCCGGGAACGGAGGCCUGGGCGGGAGAAGCGGGAGUGUCUGGAGGGAUGCCAGCCGUGGAGAUGGAGGAAAGUUAUCUUGAGAUUCCCGGGAGGCUGUGACAUGCCACGUGGACUGCAGAUCCCGGGAUGGGGCAUGCAGGCAGCACGCUACAAGGAAGUAGGGUGGAGGGAGGUAGGGUGUGUGGACAUUCCUCCCUGGAGAGUUACACUGCCUGGAAUCCCAGGUCUCCAGCCCUGCAGCAUGUCCCUGUUGUAUGGUCAGAUCCCAUCUGCAGCCCGUCUCCUUCACUAUUGAUAAGGAAAUACACGUUGAGAGGCUGCAGGACCUUGGCAGGAAGGGCUGGGGAGGGUUUGGAUGGCUUUCCUGGCUCAUAAACCCAUCCUGCUACUUAGAGUCAGUGCUCUUACCGGUGAGCUGGUGAAAUCAAACAAGCCAACCUGAGCUGCCUCUGUUGCCACCACCCCGACCUGCUCCUGUGGCCAGGUACUGGCCCUGUGGCCAUGUGCUGGCUGAGCUCUGGGCUCUCCCACAGCUCAGUCUCUGGAGGGAGAGUCACUUCAGAGCCAUCAGAUGGAAGGGAUAAGCUGAUGUGCUGCCAGAUAGGGCAGUGAAGUGUGUACUCUCAGUGUAUAUUCACUUAGCAGCCAGAUUUCAGACAUGAUAAGGCAGCAGCUUAGGAGAGAAACUGGAGGACGAGCAGGAGGGGACAUUGUCACUGUGCCAGUGGGAGAUGGGGUCUGGGUCAGGGCCUUUUAUUUGGGUAUUUGUGGAAGAUGUUGUUGAGAGCACUGGGGAAUUUACUCAGCAUGGGCUGAUGUUGCGCUCCUUAUCCACCAUCCCUUCCCUGAGGAGCCAGUGCCCCACACAGUCCCAGCGCACAGCUCCAGCUGUAUCCUGUGCACUGACCCCAGCAGGGACCCCAUAGGGUGGCCCUCUCCCUAACACCUCUGGGUUUCUCUCCCCAGAACCUCCCUCCAGCACUGCCUUUCAGGAUGAUGGGCCCAGGAACACCAGCGGGGACCCUCCGGCCACGUGGCUGCUGACCCAGGGGUGCUGCCAGGCACCGCUGCCAAUGCAGAGCUCAGGGCCGAGCAGGGCAGAGCGGCUGCUCCGCUCACCCAUGGCAGCCCCUUCCCUCCGCGCCCCGGCCCGGCUGCAUGGUGUGGGUGCCCCUGAGCCCCACUAGCAGUGACCACCGGGCCCCGCUGCGCGCUCCCAGCACCACCACCAUGUCUUUGGAGUGGCUGACAGACUGGAGCUGGUCCCUGGACGGACUCCGGGAUUUCAUUGCCACGGGCAUCCAGUCUUUCCGCGACUGUGACGCCACGGCCCUGGUGGCCGUCGCCUGCCUGCUGGUCCUCUUCGUGUGGUACUGCUACCACGUGGGGCGGGAGCAGCCCCGCGCCUACGCCACGGUGAACGCGCUGAUGCAGAGCGCCGAGGCCAACGGGGUGCAGAACGGGUUCGUGUACUGCCAGUCGCCCGAGUGCGUGCGCUGCUCGCACCACGACGGCCUCAACCAAAAACUCUACCACAACCUGCAGGAGUACGCCAAGCGCUACUCCUGGUCCGGCAUGGGCAGGAUCCACAAGGGCAUCCGUGAGCAGGGCCGCUACCUCAACAGCCGGCCCUCCAUCCAGAAGCCAGAAGUCUUCUUCCUGCCCGACUUGCCCACCACGCCCUACUUCUCCCGGGACGCUCAAAAGCAUGACGUGGAGUUGCUGGAGCGCAACUUCCAGACCAUCCUGUGCGAGUUUGAGACCCUGUACAAGGCGUUCUCAAACUGCAGCCUCCCGCAAGGAUGGAAAAUGAACAGCACGCCCAGCGGGGAGUGGUUCACCUUCUACCUGGUGAACCAGGGCAUGUGCGUGCCCAGGAACUGCCGGAGAUGCCCACGGACGUACCGCUUGCUCGGGAGCCUCCGUACCUGCAUUGGCAACAAUGUCUUUGGGAACGCCUGCAUCUCUGUGCUGAGCCCGGGCACCGUCAUCGCCGAGCACUACGGGCCCACCAACAUCCGCAUCCGCUGCCACCUCGGUCUGAAGACACCCAGCAACUGCGAGCUGGUGGUGGGGGGCGAGCCCCAGUGCUGGGCUGAGGGCCGGUGCCUGCUCUUCGACGACUCCUUCCUGCACACGGCGUUCCACGAAGGUGCCCCGGAGGAAGGUCCCCGUGUGGUGUUCAUGGUGGACCUGUGGCACCCCAACGUGGCGGCGGCCGAGCGCCAAGCCCUCGACUUCAUCUUCGCGCCGGGACGAUGACGGCGCUGCCCGGCCUGGUGGGUUCAGGGCAGCUCGGCCGGGGCCCUCUCCCGGCACACGGCCUCGGUGCUCCCUCCCGGGGGGUCUUGUAAAUGGAAACUGUGACGUGUAUCCGCGCCCAUCUCCUUCCUCCAUCGUUGGCUUCAGGGAUUCUUUUCCAAGCGCCGGCACCUUGGCCCCGCCGGUGCUCGCUGCCCCCCUGCUCCGUCGUGUUCUGUUGCUACUGUGUUUUGCGGUGUUCAGAAGUAGAGUAACAAACCCAAGGGUGCUCGUUUGAAUGUAAUGUAAAAUUUUUCUCGUGGUCAUUAAAGGAACAACACACACACACACCAUAACAGCCAACCAGCCUGCCCUGCCCGGGAUGGACGGACAGGUGGACACUGGGGCUGCCAUGGGCACUGUGCUCCCCCCAGGCUGGGUCUGAUGGGCUGGGCAGGGCACAGCUCUGCUCACAAAGAACCCUUCUGGGGCUCCUGCUUCCUCCUCCAUGUGCCAGCUGGGGCUCCCCAGCCCUCCUGCCCUCAGAAACUCCCUUUGUCACCCAGGCAGGGAGCAGAGUCCAUCGCCAGCCCAGCAAGGCAGGAGCCCUGACCUCCACCCUGCUGAGGGAACAGCACACACAGUUGUGCUCUUCAGUCUGACCAAGGGUGUUAGCAAUUGCUCAAAUCCCUUCCUUGCUGUAUCUGCAACCCUCAGUUUUCCCAGCUCCCAGCUGGGAGGCCCUGCAGGGGCAGGGAUGCUGUUUGGAAACAGAGAAUGGGGAUUUUGUCUGUCUGUAGGAAGAAAGGAGGUCACCAUUCCUUCUGCUGCUCCAUCUUCUCCUUUUCUCAAGCCAGGGCAGGCACACACAGCGGCAGCUCCCGUGGACCUGACACCACAAGACAGCUUCCCAAGGGGGGCUAAUUCUGCAGCCUGAACAAUGAGGCCCCACCCUGAGGUCCUGCCACCCAGGGACCACCACACUUUUCCUGAAGUCCCCCAGCACCAGAGUCUGUUUUUGGGGUCUGGGGGCUGGUUUAUAACACCCCCCAAAGCAAAGUGUGUUGUGGAUACUUACAGCUCUAGCUGGGACCCUUUGUCUCUGUGCCCUGCCUGGGAGGGACCAGCCCUGUCCCCCAACAACUUCUUUACAGACUUUUCAGUGAGUCAUUUGCAAGAGAAGGCAGAGAUUUCAAAUACAUCUGAGAUAUUUUUUACACCCGUCUUGUUACAGACUACCUGAAGUGCAUGAUUUCUACACGCAUUGGCUACCUGGACACAGGUCCUGGGGAAGCAGGCUGGCUCUGUCCAAAGGUUGGUAACAUUCAUACAGUGGAUAAGCAAAGAUUAUCAAUAAACAGUUGUGCUGAAAACAGAA